AUGUGGGGGGCGGAGUUGGUGCCGAAUGUAGUUAGCUUUAGUGCGGCAAUCAGCGCAUGCGGGAAAGGUCGGGAGUGGCAACAAGCUCUGUCGCUGUUCAGCGAGUUGCGGGAGACGGCCCUGGAGCCGAAUAUCAUUUGUUACAGUGCUGCGAUCAGUGCGUGUGAGAAGGGCGAGCAAUGGCAAUCAGCACUGGCGAUGUUGAGCGAGUUGCAGGACGAGCAAUUGAGGCCGAAUGUCAUCAGCUACGGCGCCGGGGUCAGCGCUUGCAAAGAAGGCGGGCAGUGGCAGCGGGCGCUGUCCUUGCUGAGAGACCUGUGGAUGGCGAAGCUUGAAAUGGACGUCGUCAUUUUAAGUGCCGCGGUGGGCGCUUGCGAUAAGGGGGGGCAGUGGCAAUGGGCCAUUUCACUGCUGAGACAGCUGCAGACCAGUACGCUCGAGCAGACUGUCAUCACGUACAACUCCGGAGUCAGCGCAUGCAAGGAAGGAGGGCAGUGGGCGCGAGCGCUGUGGCUGUUGCGAGAGAUCCGGACAGCGAGGCUGGAGCCAGACGCCAUCAGCUACAACUCCGGGAUCGGCGCGUGCAAAGCAGAAGGACUUUGGCAACAUGCACUGCUGCUGCUUGGCGAUAUGAGGGAGGCUAGGGUAGAGCCAGAUCUUGUCAGCUAUAAUUCAGCCGUCAGCUCAUGUGAGUUUUGCGGGCAUUGGCGACAAGCAUUGUCCCUGAUGCGCGAAAGUUCGGAAGCAUCUUUGCAGCCAGACAUCAUCAGCUACAGUGCUGUAAUCAGUGCUUGCGACAAGGCUUCGGAGUGGGAGGCAGCCCUAUCUUUACUCGGCGAGAUGUGGGAAGCGAAAGUGCAGCCGAGCAUUGUUAGCUACAGUGCCGCGAUCAGCGCGUGCGAAAAAGGCAAGCAGUGGCAGCAAUCGCUGUCGUUGCUGCGUGGCCUGUGGAAGGCGCGUCUGAAGCCGAACUCAGCUACAACGGUGCAAUGA